ACUGUAAUUGAUGCAUAUUUUCAAGUGUUAUAGAUGAUAGAUAUACUUGGUCUUAUUGCACAAAGCUUCUGAAACAUGAAAGAAGCUUAGCACAAAAUAUUUGCCAUGGUGGGAAUUUUGCAGUCUCAUCCCUUCAAUGUUGGAGUUCCUCCCCUCUGCUACACAGAAAGUAAGUAUGUUCAAAAUAGGAUAUUCUGUACAUCAUUAUUCGGCCAAAUUAAACAUGUUAGUUCUUCAAUUCAUCAGAGAAUACCUCAGUUUACAGGUGAUGACAGAAGCAAAACUAAGGUUUUUGCUGCUCGGAGAAGGAAGAGGGCAAAUGAGAGAACUGAAACUUAUGUGUUGUUGGAACCAGGGAAGGAUGAAAGGUUUGUUUCAGAGGAAGAGUUGAAGGCAACGUUGAAAGAGUUGUUGGAAAAUUGGCCUGGGAAGGUUCUUCCUCCUGAUCUUUCAAGAUAUGAAGAUAUUGAUGAAGCUGUUUCUUUCUUAGUGAGAUAUGUCUGUGAACUUGAAAUUGAUGGAGAUGUUGGCUCGGUUCAAUGGUACGAAGUUCGUUUGGAGUGAAUGGAACAAUUAUGUCAAAAUUCAUAAUACCUAAGAUGGAGUUAUUUAGAAUGAAACAAUUAAUAUCUUUUGCUUUAUAAUA